UCCCAUUGGCUGGCUGAGGGGGGCCACUGGGCAGAUAAAAGAGCUGUGCUCGUCGCUCCUGCUGUACACCACUCCACUGCUCACUGCUGCUGUGUGUGAAGACUGAAGGAGAGGAGGACCCGACCACGACUGUGCCCGACAACUUGUACAAUGGACGCUGCAGAGUUCCGGAGGAGAGGGAAGGAGAUGGUAGACCUGAUAGCAGAUUACCUGGAGAACAUAGAGCAGAGGCCGGUGUACCCCGAUGUGGAGCCUGGGUACCUGCGGUCCCUCAUCCCUGAGGAGGCCCCUGAGGAGCCCGAAACCUACGAGGACGUAGUCAAAGACAUUGAGAGGGUCAUCAUGCCUGGGGUGACCCACUGGCACAGCCCGUACUUCUAUGCCUACUUCCCCACGGCUAACUCCUUCCCGGCCAUGCUGGCAGACAUGCUGUCUGGAGCUAUUGGUUGCAUCGGAUUCUCCUGGGCUGCCAGCCCGGCGUGUACAGAGCUGGAGACAGUCAUGAUGGACUGGCUGGGGAAGAUGCUCAAGCUGCCAGAGGACUUCAUCGCCGGGACACACGGACAAGGAGGAGGCGUCAUCCAGGGUACGGCCAGUGAGGCGACUCUGGUGGCUCUCCUAGCUGCCCGCUCCAGGGCUGUCAGAAUGAUCCUGGCCAGUGACCCACAGCGUCCAGAGACUGGCAUUACCUCCAAACUGGUGGCCUACUCCUCCGACCAGGCUCAUUGCUCGGUGGAACGAGCAGGUAUGAUUGCCGGAGUGAGGAUGAAGAAGAUUCCGACGGAGCAGUCAGACAAGUAUGCUGUCCAGGGAGAGACCCUCCGGAGAAUGAUACAGGAAGACAAGGCUGCAGGACUUAUCCCCUUCUACUUCUGUGCUACUCUUGGGACCACUCCCUCAUGUGCAUUUGAUCACAUUACUGAACUUGGGCCCAUAUGUAAUGCAGAGAAAAUCUGGAUGCACAUUGAUGCUGCAUAUGCUGGGAGUUCCUUUAUCUGUCCUGAAUUCAGACCCCUGUUGAAUGGCAUUGAGUUUGCAGACUCUUUCAAUUUCAACCCACACAAAUGGCUGUUAGUCAACUUUGACUGCUCUACAAUGUGGGUGAGGAAAAGAUCUGAUCUCAUUGGGGCCUUCAAGAUGGAUCCUCUAUACCUGAAACAUGAUCAUCAAGAGUCAGGGCUGGUCACAGAUUACAGGCACUGGCAGAUUCCACUGGGCCGAAGAUUCCGCUCUCUCAAGAUGUGGUUUGUGUUCCGGAUGUAUGGGCUCAAAGGCCUUCAGGACUACAUCCGUAAGCAUGUGGAGUUGGCCAAAGAGUUUGAGAGCCUGGUUCGCGCUGACCAGCGCUUUGAGAUCAGCGCAGACGUCGUCUUGGGGCUGGUCUGCUUUAGACUAAAGGGCUCCAACGAGGUGAACGAGACCUUGCUGAAGAGGAUCAACAAUGGCAGGAAGAUCCACCUGGUGCCGUGCCAGCUGUCUGGUCAGUUUGUGCUGCGCUUCGCCGUCUGCGCCCGCACCACCGAGUCACGUCACAUCCGUGAGGCCUGGCGACUCAUCACCCAGCUGGCCGAAGAGGUCAUGCAGGAGCUGCCCCACUGACCAUCCACAUUGACUAGACAGGCUGGGUUGGACCAGGAGCUGUAUCAAGCAGUAUUUCAGAGUAAGAGUGCAGGUCUAGGAUCAGGUCCCCCCCUGUCCAUUCAUUAAAAUAUAAAAGGCAAAAUUGAUCCUAGAAACGUAUCUUAGAUCAGCACUCCUACUCUGAGACGCUUGAUGAAUAAGGGCACUAACCCCACCUGACCAUGGCCGGUAUUCAAAAAGUGUCUCAGAGUAGGAGUGUCCAUGUUAUCUUAUUCCUUGUGAAGUAAAAGGCUAAACUGAUCCUAGUUCAGCACUCCUACUCUGAGAUGCUAUAUGAAUACAGGCCUGGAUCUCACUCAGUGGAGGCUGCUGAGGGGAGGACGGCUCAUAAUAAUGGCUGAAAGGGAGCAACUGGAAUGGCAUCAAACCAUGUGUUUGAUACCAUUCCACCGAUUCCGCUCCAGUCAUUACCACGAGCCCAUCCUCCCUAAUUGAGGUGGCACCAACCUCCUGUGAUCUUACUGUGUAUACAUCAUCAGCAUAGUGUAACUGCAGCCCUUUCUCUUUGCUGUGUCAUCCCAUGUGUGUAUUUAUAUGUGUGGUUGUAUGUGAAUCAGUGAAUUUGUGUGGGUGAGUGAAUAAAUUAAAGGUGCGUAUGUGGAUGAAGCAAAUCAUAUCCAGAUGUUAAGGUUUUGCCUGAUAGGUUACUGUAGUGUAGGGUUUUCUGACAACACUCAAGCAUGUGUUCUAUGUAAAACCAGACUGACUUAGUUCUGCUCUGACUCCACACCAGUGUGCUAAAUGAGAGAGGCCAGGCUAGAGACGGGCAUCCCCCCCCCCCUCACCCUCACCCUCACCCUCACCCUCACCUACCCUGCCCUGUCCCUUCUCAACCAACUGUUCAUCCAAAUCACUUUAGAGAAAGGCCAGCAUGCUAAAAAUACAGGCAAGGACUUAGUAUGUGGGGCUUUAUCCUGCCUGAGGUUUAUCCAGGCUGAUCAGUCAGCUGUGUUUACCUGCUCUAGUAGCGUGAUUAGUAGAGAUAUUCAGUACAACAUUAUUUAUCCCCUUAGGAGCAUAUUGAUUAAAACAUUGGGAUAGUAUAGGUCCCUAAAACAAGAUUGCACAUUAUACAUGUUCACAAUUCAGAACAUUUAAGAGUCAGAAAACAUUAUAUGGUUUGGCACAAUUAUACAGUAAGUAGAGAUAUAAACAGUUAGUGUCCCACAAGGUUUGCGCUGUUCACUGUUUUCAUGAAGCCAAAAAAAUAAGUACAAAAAUUAGCAGCAUGUUGAGAUUAUGCCAAAGAGAGAAACAGGUAUCUUAUACCAGACAAACAUUUAACUUAUACCAGAAAAACAGGUAUCUUAUACCAGAGACAGUUAUCUUAUACCAGACAAACAUUUAUCUUAUACCAGAAAAACAGGUAUCUUAUACCAGAGACACAGUUAUCUUAUACCAGAGACACAGUUAUCUUAUACCAGAGACACAGUUAUCUUAUACCAGAGACACAGUUAUCUUAUACCAGAGACACAGUUAUCUUAUACCAGAGACACAGUUAUCUUAUACCAGAGACACAGUUAUCUUAUACCAGAGACACAGGUAUCUUAUACCAGAGACACAGUUAUCUUAUACCAGAGACACAGUUAUCUUAUACCAGAGACACAGUUAUCUUAUACCAGAGACACAGUUAUCUUUAUACCAGACAAACAUUUAUCUUAUACCAGACAAACAUUUAUCUUAUACCAGACAAACAUUUAUCUUAUACCAGAGACACAGGUAUCUUAUACCAGAGACACAGGUAUCUUAUACCAGAGACACAGGUAUCUUAUACCAGAGACACAGUUAUCUUAUACCAGAGACACGGGUAUCUUAUACCAGAGACACGGUUAUCUUAUACCAGAGACACGGGUAUCUUAUACCAGAGACACGGGUAUCUUAUACCAGAGACACGGGUAUCUUAUACCAGAGACACAGUUAUCUUAUACCAGAGACACGGGUAUCUUAUACCAGAGACACGGGUAUCUUAUACCAGAGACACAGUUAUCUUAUACCAGAGACACAGGUAUCUUAUACCAGAGAAAUGGGUAGCUUAUACCAGAGUUGUGGCCAUUCCCAUUUCAAUUCAGUCAAUUCUGAAAGUAAACUAAAAUUCUAAUUCUAAAAUGUACUCAUAGAGAAGCAUUGAGCAAAAACAUUUAAUUCCAUAAUCGACUGAAUUGAAAAGGAAGUGACCCCAACCCUGUUUCAUAAGCAGCUUUGUCCUGAACAUCAUAAUAACCCAUGAGACACAUGAGGAGACAAAUAGGAGCUCUUAUGGGAGCAACAGUUAAAACACUUACAGUAGGCCUUCGCCCUGCAUGAAUAAAAUAUACAGACAACAGUUAGUGUCUCAGUUGAUUUGAAGAGACACAAAAACAAUACGUACCUAGCUUCACUUAAUGCCCUCAGCAGUAGCAGUGAGCCAAGGAGGAAUUGACUUGAGAGGGGUCUCUCCUUAAGAAGGUAAUAUGAAUGUGUUUCAAAUGUGUACUUUACUGUAUGCACAUCAUAUGAUGUUUCUUUUGGGCUGUUGGAUAAACAAACCAGUUGAAUUGGAUUAGACCUUUAAGCUGUGAAUCCCAGCAUGUCAUGGAGUCACUCGAAAUAAAUUAACUAAGUCAUCUUAAGAGAUAAAAUAUCCCUGUCCCUGGUUUGAUUCACAAGUCAAGUGUGCCUUUUGAAUGAGGGAUGGAGGGGUGUGUGUGUGUGUAGAAUAUGUGUAGUGGUCUCUAUUUGUCUCUUUUGUAUCUGUGUUUACUUGAUAUAACCAGCAGUGGGCUGACUGCUUCAGUCUCACACUGGGGGGAAAUUGUAUUGUUAACUUGAUCAUCUUUUACCUGGCGAUAAGGUGGUAGUGCAAUCCUAUGUUUUUUGAAGGAGGAAAACCUUAAGCGUAGCUGUAUUCUUUUAUAUGCUUUGAGUGGCAUUGUGGCUUCCUGCUACUUAUCUGCCUUGUGGCAUCAUUGUACGGUCCUCUUUACACAACAAAAUAAAUGGGUUUGCAAUGUG